UUCAUCGUGGCCCUGUCAUUCACCUCCUUCACCAAAGCUCUGUCAGGGACCUACAUGAAGAGUGCCAUCACUCAGAGAGACACUUUGACCUGUCCAGCUCUCUCAUCGGACUCAUAGACGGCAGCUUUGAGAUGGGUAACCUGCUGUUCCUGGCUGUGGUCAGCCAUUUUGGGGCGAAGCUGCACCAGCCCAGGCUCAUUGCUAUGGGCUGUUUCCACAUGGCUGUAGGAUCCUUCCUCACAGGCCUGCCACACUUCUUCAUGGGACGGUAAAACAACUGAAAUACUGGUUAAACUUGUGCUUGUAGAGGUACUCCAAUGCGGAGGAUAGUUUCACUUUAGAAAUAAAGAAAUGUAUCCAGUUGUUGAUUAAUCUCAGUUAAUUUAGAACUAAAGUCUUGAGUAAUUGGUCAGCUGCUUAAUUAUGUUUUGGGGCCAUACAUGUUAAGAGAAGGGAUUAAGAGAUGCUAUAACUGACGUGGUAAGGUUGGACCCAGGUGCAGAGAAGAGACCAGAAGAUGAAGCAGUGGUUCCAACCAGUGUCUCCACCCCUCAAGGGCCCACUUAACUGCCAAGAGCUCCCGGUUGCCUACAUCGUAGUUGCCUUCCGCUGGUCGAGAACCGCUUGGAGAGAAAGGCGCAUGGGUGCAGUUUCUUGUCCUCCUCGUUCCGCUGUGAAAGGACCGCCCCAGCUCCUGUGUCCGAGGCGUCCACCUCUACUACAAAGGGACGAGUAGGAUCAGGAUGAACGAGGAUGGGUCCGGAGGUGAAACGUCCCUUGAGCUCUAUGAAUGCCCUGUCAGCCUCGGGAUUCCAGCAAAAACCUGCUUGGGUGAGGUGGAACAGGGCCAUAUGUGUUUCGGAAGGGUUUUUGGAGAAGAUCAGGAUGUCGUCGAGGUAAACAAAGAUGAACCGAUUCAACAUAUCCCUAAGAGUGUCAUUGAUCAAUGCUUGAAAGACUGCCGGUGAGUUCGAUAUUCCAAAGGUCAUGACUAAAUACUCAGUGACCACUAGGGGUGUUAAAGGCAGUUUUCCACUCAUCUCCCUCCCUGAUUCUCACCAGAUUUUAAGCGUUGCGGAGGUCCAAUUUGGUGAAGAAUUAGGCUCCUAGGGCCAACACCAAGGCGGCGGACAUCGGGUAGGGGGUAACGAUUCUUGAUCGUAAUCCUUUUCAGCCCUCUGUAAUCGAUGCAAGGACUGAAGUUUGGGUCAGAGACAGAGAAACAAGGGAUGCGUUUAGACAGGCUUCCCAAUUAUUAUAUUUUUUCCACUAAUUGGUCUUUUGACCAAUCACAUUAGAUAUUUUUGCAUCAGCUCUUUUUCAGAGCAUAUCUGAUUGGUCAAAAGACCAAUUAAUCAAAAAAAUGACUGAAUUGGGCUGCCUGUCUCAACGAAGCCAUAGAAACCUGAACAUGCUCCAACUGAAAUGUUCCAUCCUGUCAGUACUGAUGUUGAAUGGCAUUAAAUACACUUUUUUUGUUCUCUCCCAUCCCCUGUAGGUUUGUUGAACAUGAGUGGAAAUGAAACUCCAGCACACUGGUAGCACUAUAGAUGUGUGAGUAGAUCUUUUCCAGGUGAGUUGAACCUGCCUGCGGGUGUGGUGGGGAUAUUCCUGGGAGGUCUACUGAUGAAGAGGUAUAAGCUUGGCGUUGUGUCUGGAGCCCAGCUGUCUUUCGUCACCUCCUUCAUGGCCUACCUCCUCCUCCUUCUGCAGUCUGGCACUAAGUGUGACAACGAUCAGGUGGCUGGUCUGACCGUGUCCUACAACAGGUCCCCUGGUGUACGAUGGCAGCCUGUUGUCGGAGUGUAACAGACUGCUCCUGCUUGGCUGGGGAGUGGGACCCUGUGUGUUCAGACAACGGCAUCACCUACACCUCCCCCUGCCUCGCAGGCUGCUCCAGCUUUACAGGUUACGGCAAGAACACGGUCUAUCAGGAGAGCUACCCAAUCCCAGAGGGCCAUCGUGGCUUCAUCAGUGAUGCCAGACUUCUGCAGAUGCAGAGAGCUGAGAGAGAGGCCAUGGAAGUAAAGCAAAGAAAGAUAAGUGCUAUCCAUGAGAAUUAUGUCCGGACUGCUCUCAUCGGGGUUGGCAGCACCUUCGCGCACCACUUCGUCCCCUCUAUUCAGUGCAUUCCGCGGCCGAAAGCUCCACCAAGGCCUUUGCCACGAAGGCUUGAACACAUAGCUUUGGCCCCACUUAAGAACGUGGUAGGGGUGGACGGAGCCCAAGUUCGACCCGGAUCUCACUCUCUGGAGUCCCUCCAGGUAAAUAAGUCAUUCAGCAGCAGUAGCGUGUGGCCUGUUCCCGUCCCUCCCACUGGAGCUCCCUCCAAGAGGGGCAAGAAGAAGAAGGGCAGGCGGGGAGUCAAAGCCCUGAAAGUCCAGUCGGACCAGGGCUGUGCUGACAACAGACCCAUUGACCUGAUUGAGGAGGAGAGGGACAUCGAGACUCACCUGAAGGAGGAGGCCUGGAAGGUGGUACAUGAGGUGAAGGCCAUGGGCAGGAGAAGUUUGGGCUCGGCCAUGUCCAUGGGGGAAAUAGCCACCAGCUCUCUGGGAAGCCUGAGCUCAAUGAAUAUGAACACCCCUGUGGAGCUCUGUGACUACCUGGAUGUCGGGACCCCGGUCAACUUGCGUGACAGCCCACCCAGGCCUGCUCCCCCUCCUACCAAGCCCAGGAGCAAACUGCCUCGGCCCAUAAGGUUCCUUAGCCUGCCAAAGGCUGUCACCGGCUCAGACAAGAAGGCAGCCAGUGAGCCAAAGGGCCAAAUGAAGAAGAGUCAGGACCAGGCCAGAUUGCAGCCCCUGUCCAACCCAGAGCAGGCCCUGACUAAGACCUUCAAGCUGCUCAACUCUGCCUCUGAUGACUGGCAGAAGAAGAUCGAGGGCUUGACCUCUCUCCGUGUGAUGGCUCAGAACCACAUGGACAUACUGAUGCCUAAACUCCAUGAUAUCUGCCUUGCCAUUAUAAAUGAGGUGAAGAACCUACGCUCUGCAGUGUCCUGUGCUGCCAUGGCCACACUGGGUGACAUGUACGUUCACCUCCAGAGGGCCAUGGACAGUGAGGUGGAGGGGACGGCACGCGUGCUGCUGCACAAAGCCAGCGAGGCCAACACCUUCAUCCGGCAGGGUGCAAACUUUGCCCUGAGUCACAUGGUGCAGAGCUGCACCCCUACCCGUGUCAUGAAUGCCCUGCUGGUCGGUGGGCUGAGCCACCGCAACGCUGCGGUGAGGAGCUGCACUGCUCAGCACCUGGAGAGACUGGCUGAGGUCAUGGGGAUGGCUCGUCUCCUGUCGGGGAAGAAAGACCUUACUGACCGCUUCUUGAUUGCCGUCAGUAAACUGGCUGUGGACCCUGCACAGGAAGCCAGGCAUCAUGGUCGCAAUAUCUUGAGAAACGUGGCCACCAAUGGCGACUUUGCUAAAAUGUGGGACAAAUUCGCUCCGAGGAAAGAGCGAGAAUCCUUGAGGGAGGUCAUCUCAAAGAAAGGAAAAUCUGAAUAAUCCCCAAUUUUACUAUAUAUUUGUAUCUAAAUAUUUGCACAUUUCCCAACCUGACUAUUUUCCCCUCCAGUCCCCAAACUCCAAUAUUUUCGCUCAUUUUAAGAAAUUUGACACUAUCAUCCAAACCCCCAUGUAAAUACAUCUUUAAACUGCAUUGACUCCUUGUCCAAGUCCUGAAUCCACUAUAAGGCAAUAUGAACCACAUUCAAAGCACUAAAUUACCUUUCCUCAAAGCUCCUAUCUGAUCUACCAGCUCAAUAGUGGUCUACUGAAACCAUGCUCACCAUCUCAGGGGGUGCUCAGAUCAUCAACCACUGACCUCCACACCAUCCUCAAAACCAGCAGCAGUCUUUUGGAGGCAGAUUGGUCAGUGCUCCUGUAUGGCACCAACAUUGUGGAUUUUCAUCCAAUACUUCUGGACUAUGACAAUGACUUUGGACAAUAAAAUUUGGUAAAAUGGAAGCUGGCUCCAGUCUCAGUUUUAUCUUACAAGACAGUGUGAGGAUGUGUAACAACAAUACCUGUGGUUUAACUUGAUGAUCAGGGCCAGAUUACCGAAUGGUCACGCAGGGCACCUGCCCUGUGGGCCCCGACCUCCAGGGAAUAUCAUCAUAACAUCCAAAACUAAAAGUAUAGUGGAUGUAUAUUACAGUACGUGGACAUUUUACAAUUCGUGAGCUCGUUUCAUAAUUUGUAGCCAUGUUUAAUAUACAUUUGUGCUCAUUUUGUAGAAAUUCGUGAGCAUUUAAAAAAAUGUAGUGAGGAUGUUUUAUAUACAUUUUCUUACUGGUGCUCUUCCAUGCCGUCCCUAGGAGGGGUGCGUCACUUGAGUGGGUUGAGUCACUGACGUGGUCUUCCUGUAUGGGUUGGCACCCCCCCCUUGGGUUGCGCCGUGGCGGAGAUCUUUGUGGGCUAUACUCGGCCUUGUCUCAGGAUGGUAAGUUGGUGGUUGAAGAUAUCCCUCUAGUGGUGUGGGGGCUGUGCUUUGGCAAAGUGGGUAGUGUUAUAUCCUGCCUGUUUGGUCCUGUCCGGGCGUAUCGUCGGAUGGGGCCACAGUGUCUCCCGACCUCUCCUGUCUCAGCCUCCAGUAUUUAUGCUGCAGUAGUUUGUGUCGGGGGGCUAGGGUCAGUUUGUUAUAUCUGGAGUACUUCUCCUGUCUUAUCCGGUGUCCUGUGUGAAUUUAAGUAUGCUCUCUCUAAUUCGCUCUUUCUCUCUCGGAGGACCUGAGCCCUAGGACCAUGCCUCAGGACUACCUGGCAUGAUGACUCCUUGCUGUCCCCAGUCCACCUGGCCGUGCUCCUGCUCCAGUUUCAACUGUUCUGCCUGCGGCUAUGGAACCCUGACCUGUUCACCGGACGUGCUCCCUGUCCCAGACCUGCUGUUUUCAACUCUCUAGAGACAGCAGGAGCGGUAGAGAUACUCUUAAUGAUCGGCUAUGAAAAGCCAACUGACAUUUACUCCUGAGGGGCUGACUUGCUGCACCCUCGACAACUACUGUGAUUAUUAUUAUUUGACCAUGCUGGUCAUUUAUGAACAUUUGAACAUCUUGGCCAUGUUCUAUUAUAAUCUCCACCCGGCACAGCCAGAAGAGGACUGGCCACCCCUCAUAGCCUGGUUCCUCUCUAGGUUUCUUCCUAGGUUUUGGCCUUUCUAGGGAGUUUUUCCGAGCCACCGUGCUUCUACACCUGCAUUGCUUGCUGUUUGGGGUUUUAGGCUGGGUUUCUGUACAGCACUUUGAGAUAUCAGCUGAUGUAAGAAGGGCUAUAUAAAUAAAUUUGAUUUGAAAUUUGA